AUGUUUAAAUCGGCCUCAAGAACUGCCCUUCGCCAAGCGCGGCCGCUCCGACUCGUACAGCGACAGAGGUUCUUAAGUACAGCGCCUCCGCCGCAGAGGUCGCGGGGCUGGAAAGGGACAAUAGUGAGAUGGGGCCUGGCCGCAGCCGCGGUAUACUACUACAACACAAGCACAGUAUUUGCCGAACAACCUUCUCUGGCACUCGAGCAAUCCCCAAAGAAUGAGGAUGAUUCUUCCUCCCUGCCAACAAUUGAAUCCGUAGCUGCUUCCAAAAGACGGAAACCCGUCUCAGAUGUUCCCUCGUCGUCCUCGUCACAGCCGCCAAAGUCUAGCCUAGAGCCCGCAGAGUCCUCCUCGCCGCCCUCAGCUGAAUCCACCGGUACUGUUGCAGAAACUGGUCAAUCCGAUCCAGCUAAUGCGCAGCCACUGAAAUUGACAGCUUCCGAGCUCGAGGAGGAAGCCGACCAGGAGGGCGCAUUUAACCCAGAGACCGGUGAAAUCAAUUGGGACUGCCCCUGCUUAGGUGGAAUGGCGCAUGGACCUUGCGGUGAAGAUUUCAAAGAGGCAUUCAGCUGCUUCGUAUUUUCUACUGAAGAGCCGAAAGGCAUGGAUUGCAUUGAUAAGUUCAAGAAUAUGCAAGAUUGCUUUAAGCUUCACCCGGAAAUCUACGGUUCUGAACUCGAUGAAGAUGAAGUUGACCAGGAACUUCAGGAGCACAUCGCCGCUGAAGAUGCUAAAAAGUCCCAGCUAUCGUCUGACGCACCGAAGCCAGAUACAACCUCAGAAGAUCAAGUAAGAAGAGCAUCUGAAACGGAGAAGGCACAGAAAUUGCUCUCUGAAGAUACAGCCCCACAAGGACAGGACAGAAAUCAAUAA